AUGGCGUUUCGACUUGUCUCGAUCGUGUGUUACGUGCGAGUGACAUCGGAAGUGCGCAUGAUAUAGUCGCUAUGUAUCAAAUGUCGAAGACGACAUCUACCGACUUAGUAAACAACUAAGUUUAGGUGUGCUCCUGAUAUUGACUACAUUCCAUACAUAAACAAUGGCGUUGUUUGAAGAUAGUUGGAAAAAAGCAACUGAGGCAUUAGAUAAUGAUGCUUGUAACAUAUGGUUUGAUAAAUUAAAAGAAGCUUAUUCAAAAGAGAAAAGAAUUUUUCAUAACUUAGAUACGCUUUGCGAGAAGUUGAAUCAUUAUUAUGAGAUAAAGAAUAAUUUGAGGAACCCGGAAGCUUUCCUUUUUGCAUUGUUUUUUCAAAACUUUGAGUAUGAUCCAAAAGUUGCAGAUGAAGAAAUUAAGAAUUUAGAACAUUUCAUUGUAUUUGCUGAAGAAGCUGGACUUACCAAGAAUUCAGUAUUAAGAGAAGAAACAUGUGCUUUACUUGAGAUUGCUGCCAAACAUAGUACAGAAGCUCAUAAAAUUGGAGGUGCAUUUGGUUGUGAAGAUAUUCAUUACUUUCUAGAUUUAGAUAUGGCUGUUUUAGGUUCUCUGCCUGAAAAUUAUGCAGAGUAUAAAGGAAAAAUUCGUAGAGAAUAUGCUUUUUUAAGUGAACCUAUGUACACUGCAUUGCGAUUAAAGGUGUUACAAAAUUUUGUACAAAUUCCCAAUAUUUUUGCAACAAAAGAGUUUCGAGAAAAAUUCGAAGCACAGGCACGAGAAAAUAUACAAGCUGAAAUAGAAUUAUUAUCUUAAACUUCUACAGAAAUCAAAAAAUAUGUUGUGUAUGCCAAACUUCAAUGUUGUGAACAUUUUAUGGUCCAGGUAUAUUUUCAAUCUAAUUUAAGAUAAAAAAAUAUCUUGGAAAAAAAUGUAGAAGUUUAAUUUUUAUUAAUAUUAACAUAUAUCUGUAAAUAGUACUUCUCUCAUGAUAUUGAAGUACACAAAAAAAAAUUUUAUUUAAACGAAAUCAAGUUUUUAAUCUCCUUAUUUUUAUGUUGCUCUGCAACUUCUCAUUAUAUUUAUUAAUAUUAUAUAAAAAUGUAUUGAAUUAAUUUGAAAGUAUUAUCUUAUUUUCUAAAUCAAUCUACUCAAUUUUUUACAUAUAAUUUGAUAUCCUUGAGCUAUAGAAAGUACCAAGAACAUAUAUUGUUCAAGCACAUAUGUGAAUGCUUUUAAUGUAAGCAUUAGCUUGAAAUAGUAGUCUAAGAGAUAAUAUGUUUAUGAUUUGAUUUAUAAUUUUAUUUAUAGUAUGAUGUGAGUUAUAAAAAUAUAUAAAAACUUGAUAUUUAUGUAUACAUUAUUUAAUAUAGUAAACAAAAAACUGAUAUUAUAUUAAUUAAUAUAUAAUUAAAAUGAAUCUGCUAUAACUUAAUUCCCAACUUACUAUUAUAAUAAAUGUUUACAAUAAAUGAUUGUAUCGAUUUUAAAAAUUGGGCUAUAACAUUAUAUCAUAAAAACUAUGCUAUUAAUUACUCAUAAACAUGAUUUAUAACUAAAAUAAGAUAGAAAAGUCUUUAAAUGUAAUUGUAAAUGUAAAUUGUGCUCAAAUUAUUGCUACAAUAAUAACCAAUUAUAAAAUA